UCCCGGUGGGAUUCGGCCGAACGUGCAGCGAGUCCACUUGGCGAGCCCGCAGCGGCUCUGAAAUCUGAAGUGUCCGCCCGGGCGCGGGGCUCGCUGCGCCUCGGGGCCGGACACGCGGCCGGCGGCGGGCGCUGCGUGAGUGGGAUGCCAAUGCCCAGCUCCGGCGCCUGACAGCCUCGCGAGCGCGGCCGGAGUGGUGUUUUCCCGCAUCGCGAGCUCGGAGCCAGGGCAAGGUGCUGGAAGCUCCCAGCUGAAACUGUAUCGAAAUGGCCACAGAAGUCGACCCUCUGGGAGACCAAAAUCAAAGACUAAAUGAAGAUUUUGGGACACAUCAAAUGGAAAAAUUUUCCAAACAUUCAUCUAUACAGAAAACUUUCGUCAAAGGAGAUGGAGAUGACGUAUCAGUAAACUCAGUAGUUGACCAAAGCUUUUUGGCUCCUCUCAUUACUGAGUAUGAUAAACAACUAGAAGAGCUAAAUGGCCAGCUGAAAUAUUAUCAGCAACAGAUGGGUGAGAUGAAACUACAACUUGAAAAUGUCAUCAAGGAAAAUGAAAGGUAG